AUGGCGACACAACGACCGUCAAUCGCCGUGACGGCCGGCCAGAAGACCGAGUGCCACGACUUCGCAGACCCGCCAACUCCUCCACCACAAAUCUCCCCUUCGACGUCCCCCUCUUAUCCGCAACCGCCGGCCUCUCCCCGACCCUCGACGACGCCUUCCAAGAAGGCCGCAGAGCCGGCGCGUGCUCGGUGGAUCUUACACAUGCAGGCCCAGAUGUGGCGGUUCCUCAUGGGCAUCGGUAUGCUGCUGCACCGCAUGGCUCCUCCGCACCCGCCGAAACCCUCGUUCAAACGCACCAUCAAGGCAACGGUCAGCUCGGUGCCCGGCCAAUUCGAGCUGCACUUUUACGUGCCCAAGGACUAUGAGAAGCAUCGCCGUACAGACUUUGCCAAGAAGACGUACCCUUGUGUCAUCAACUUCCACGGCGGAGGCUUCACCCUGGGCAGCCCUAGUGACGAUGCCCGCUGGUGUGGCACCGUCGUCGAUGAGUGUGGUGCCGUCGUCGUCAGUGUCGACUACCGUCUUGCUCCCGAGAACCCCUUCCCCACCGCCGUCGAAGAUGGAGUCGACGCCGUCCUCUACAUGGCCAACAACGCGAACGAACUCGGCAUUGACGAGCGCAAGAUUGCCCUUUCCGGCUUCAGCUCCGGCGCCAACAUGGCCUUCACCGUCCCUCUCCGCCUCUACGACCACCAGAGCGACCGCUCCCACACCGAAGCCCCCACCCUUGCCUCCCUCCAAAAACAGCAGAUGUCGGUCAAACAAGUCGAGACUGUCCAAUCCGUUUCCCUCUGCGCCAUCGUCCCUUGGUAUCCUUCCUGCGACUACACCCAGACUCGCGAGGAACGUCGCAACACUUCCGUCCGCACCGACCAAGAUCUGCCCGCCAUCUUCACAAACCUGUUCGACGAAUCCUACCUCCACCCUCCAGACACCAUUCCCCUCGACUCUCCUUACCUAUCCCCUGGCAUCGCACCCACCUCCCUCCUCGCGGAAGCCCUCCCUCAAGACAUUAUUAUGCAUACUUGUCAAUGGGACAUGCUGCUCUGCGAAGGUGAGAAAUUCCGUGACCGUCUCACCGGAAAGGGCAUCAACAAGACUGUACAUUAUAAAAUGAUAGAAAGUGUACCGCAUGGCUGGGACAAGGCGCCUAAUCCGCUCAAACCGACACCGGGUGUCAAACAGCAUUAUUUGAAUGCGUGUAAUCAUUUAAGAAAGGUUUUUGCAAACCAAGGAGGAAGUGAGGCCGAUGAAGCUACCAUUGGUGGUGUCGCUGGGGAAGGGAGGAGGAAGAGUACGCUCGUGAAUUAG